UAAUAAUUUCGCCCAUGUGCACAUUGCGUUUUGUGACAAUUCGACUCUUAUUCUAUGGUUGUGGGCUGUCAAACCGCGACUAAAAAACGAUGUCUUCGCUUAUUAAAUCGUCCAAAUUGGCCCAUUUGUGCUUGAGGCACACCCCCGUGGCCUUGACCGCCACCCGCAACCACUGGAACAAGGACUACAAGCCUGGCCCGUACCCCCUUACGGAGCAGGAGCGCCUCCGUGCGGCCGAACGCUACGGUCUGCACCCCUCCGAGUACGAGCCGUACCCCAACGAUGGCUACGGUUACGGCGACUACCCCAAACUGCCCGAUAUCAGUGGCGACUCCAAGGACCCCUUCUACCCCUACGACAACCCCGAACUCAAGCGCAACUUCAACGAACCUUUGCACGCCGAAUUCGAUUUAUUGAGGGAGGACAGGUAUAACGUAAGCGCCAAGUUGAGGUACCCCUUAUGGGUGCAAUGGGCCCAGUUUUUGGGGGUUAUGUUUGGCACGUUUGGGAUUUAUUGUCUCUUCGAGAAGGUGAAGAUGUUUCACCCGGUGGUCCCCAGGCAGUACCCCCGAGAUGGGACCCACUACACCUUCGAACCCAAGUGAAGUAACUAGUUAUUAUAAAUAUUGUAAUACAAAUAAACAAUGCAAAUAGUGAA